AUGUUAGAUAUUCAAUAUAUAGAUAAGGUUCUUCCAGUUGCUGAAAUGUAGUCAAAAUUGAUCAUCAUAUUAGAGUGGCUUCCAAUUAGCCAUAAGUGAAUAAAUUACUUAAUGAAAUGAGACUGAGUGCCUAUUCAAAUAGAUCAGGAAUUACAACGAAAAUAAAUUCAAUUCCGAGAAUUCGAAUAAAAACAUAAGAACAAAUUUUGUCUAAUUCUGAAAACUUGAAUUCUUAUACUUAUUAUAGAUAGAAUUCUCAAAGAUAUAAAUAAAAUGUAGGACCUGGUUCUUAUGAGAUUUAAAAUCCAGCUCAUCUUCAAUAAAAUUGCCCUAGCAUUAGUUUUACAAAAGGUUAAAGAAAAUAAUUAUAAAAAUUCUAAAAUCCAGGACCUGGAUAAUAUAAUAUUCUAUAUAACAAGUAAUAAAAAACAUUUGUUUUCAAUUCUAGACAUAAUAGUGAACAAUAAGAAUAGUUUCCAGGUCCUGGUACCUAUGAUUUAAAUCUAAAAUCAUUUCGAAGUAUUUCUUUUGGAACUUCAAGAAAACUAUCAUAAAAUGAUCCUAAAUUUAUAACACCAGGACCUGGAACAUAUAACAUUAAUCAGAAGGUAGAGAAAAAAAAGAUAGAUAGAAUAGAAAGACUUCUUAAACCUAAACUUAUGGUCAGAUCUUAUUACAAUAGAAAAGAAGAUAAAUUUAUUUAAGAAUUAGUCAAAUAAUAAUUAAAUAAAAAAAAAGAGGAAAGCAAUUAAAGACCAAAAUCUGCAAUGUAAAUUAAAUAAUAGAAGAGAAGAAAAAAUAUAGAAAGAAUUAGAAGAAAAGCUCAUGAGAAACUUAAUUCUCCUGGUCCUGGAUCUUAUGAUAUAAAAGAUUUCAUUUAAGUUGAUCAUAUUGAUAAAAAAAAAGGAAAAAUAUUAAAAUAAAACUAAGAGGAAAAAUCAAAAAUUAAUGAUUCAUUAGGACCUGGUAGCUAUGAUAUUAAAGAUUUUCUUUAUUAUUCUGAAUCUAUUAAGAAAAGUAACACUAAUACUAGCUUUGGUAAAUCCAAAAGAUUUGAAGUUGAAAAACAUUCUGGAUUAGGACCAGGAAGUUAUGAAAUUAUAGAUUACUAAAAUUGA